UGAAAGCCGAGUUCCACACAAUGAAGUGCAUUCUGAAACAAGUUCAGCACAAACACAAACUAGCGCAGCGUGUGUCACUAGUGCAGCGUCAGCUGUUUUGGGGCGUUUGGUUUGGUUACAAAGGUCGUGUUGAAAAAAUAACAUCUAACUGAAAACUGGUGCGAUAUCUUCGGUGCUAGCACACGCCAGUCUCUUGCUGGGCUAGCAGCACACAUAAACAAAAAACGCAAGCAGUAUAUCGUGUCAACAUGUCAAUAAUCAAAACAUUGACGCAAACGCGAGCCUUCCAUUCAAGGCCUUCUGCUCCUGUGGUGUUCGGUGCCGUGGUAGUAGUGGUUUCGCCCUCCUCAACUCGAGCUGCUGUCAGCUGUUGGAGUCGUCAUCGGAAAAAUACACCAAUUUGGACCGUCCAGAAGCGUACAAUGAACGACAUCAGCAACAUUCGGUACGGUCCGCUGCCGCGGGAAUCACCGUACGUGAAACCGUUCCGCUUCCACUACACCCAGAAUGGGAAGGAAAAAUCCUGGGAUCUGCUGAAGGUGCACGACUCUGUGUCGAUUAUUGUCUUCAACGUCACUCGCCAGCGGUUGGUCUUUGUGCGGCAGUUCCGUCCAGCUGUUUAUUACAAUCUGGUUAGUGCGGAAGCUGGAGACGAUGGUUCGAAGAUUGACAUGCAGAAGUAUCCCCCGUCGAUAGCGGUAACAUUGGAACUCUGCGCUGGCAUUGUGGAUAAGCCAAUCUCGAUGGCCGAGAUUGCCCGCGAGGAGGUGCUGGAGGAGUGUGGUUAUAACGUGCCACUCGAACGGUUGGAGGAGAUUGUCAGCUACCGGGCGGGGGUUGGAACUUCCGGAGCGCUGCAGACUUUGUUUUACGCCGAGGUUAACGAUGCGGAUCGUGUCCCGUCAGGCGGUGGCGGCGUGGAUGACGAAAUGAUCGACGUGGUCGAGUGCAGCCUGGAUGAGGCACGAAAGAUGACCCAGAAGGGUAGCAAUAUGACUAGCCCGCCGUCGUUUCUGUUUGGAGUGUUGUGGUUCUUGACCAACCGUGCACCGAAGCCGGAAGCUUAGGGUUUUUCGUUUCGGGUUUUGAUCACAUCCUUGUUUCCGCCUGGAGAUUGUUAAACGGAUUCCAGUAAGAUUAAGUACGUACUGUUGACUUUGAAUCCACUUUGAUCGCACACUAACAAGGAUAGUUUGUUAGAAGUUAGUUUCCUAUAGUGAAUUUAGUAGUCUGUUUCUUUUGCAUCAGCUGAGUUCUCCAAUACUAAUAAAUGAAUUGGCACAUCACUACUGUUGAGAUUGUUCCGGUAUUUGCUUUUCAAAUAACAAUUUUAUCACAUUCGUGAAAAGACAGAAAUAGAGAAUAGUUGAUUUGAUUCCUUAUCAUAAAUACUCCGCACGAUUUUAUGGAUGUAAAUUUUCCGCCAAAAUGCUUUACGAUUAGGCUUUUAUACACUUUCAUAGGGGAAUACAUUUACAAAAUGUUACAAAAGUUGGUUCUAAUAAAUCUCACCUGUGUGAAAAUGUGUUGAAUCAUUCAGAA